AUGGGCCACGGGGCGAGGGAGACGGUGCUGGGCACCAUGGGGAAGGCAACGAGAUUGCGGAUCCCCCCCGAACUCCAGGACCUCACCCUGCGCUUCGGGGAGGCCGUCUGGAAGCGGGACACGGAGGACCCCCAGAGGAAGCUCGUCCUGCUCAAGUACUUGGACGGCAACUACACCAACUACAUGCAGGGACGAACUCGCUUCCACAAGUCAGACUUCUCCCUGGAGAUCCUGAACACCAGCCGGGAGGACAGGCAGCUCCAUGAGUACAUAGUCAGCAAGGGGCCGGAGGAGAAAGUCUGGCAGAUACAACUGGAGGUGUACGAGCCGGUGUCUGAUCCCAGCAUCCAGAUCCUCGGCUGGGCACUGGCCAACGGCAGCUGCACCAUCACCCUCAACUGCACAGCGGAGCGAGGGGACAAUGUCUCCUACAGCUGGGGUAGCCAGGACACCCACACCUCGAGGCUCUGCUCCCGCAACGGCAGCCUCCUGCACCUCUCCUACCCCCUGCAGAACACCAGCGUCGCCUGCGCCUGCAUGGCCAGCAACCCUGUCAGCAGCCGGGUCGUCGCCUUCAACUCCUCCGAGUGCAGCUACGAGCAAGAGGAGCAUCUUGUGCUGAUGGUGGUGGUACCCACCACCGCAGUGAUGAUUCUCGCCGGUGUCUUCGUGGCCACCCAUUUGCCCAUGUCUGGUGGUGACUUUUCUUAUCCCCCUGCAGCCAGCCAGGAGCAGGAGCGCCCGCCGCUCGCCGAGGACAGCGAGGUACACACCAUCUACUCCCAAGUGCAGCGGGUGGAGAGCCCCGAAAAGGAGCCCACGACAGUUUAUGCCAGCGUGAUGAUGCCCAUGGCCUGA